ACCACUCCACUGGUGUCACAAUGGAGUUUCAUGCGUUUAUCUUGUGUGGACCCGGCAAAGGGUUGUCGCCGUUCUCACAGCAGCGGAGCUCGGGCCAACCCAAAGCUCUCUUGCCAGUUGCAAACCGUCCCAUGAUUGAGGGUGUCUUGGACUGGUGUGAGAUGGCCUUUUUCCCCAAAGUUACAUUGAUUGUGAAUGACGACUCAGAACACCAAAUCCUGUUGGAAUUGGACGAAUAUAAGAGGAAAUUGGCGGCUGCCAAUAAGGCUAAGCAGACCGCCGACGAGUCAUCCCCGUACACCACCGACUUUUCGAUUCUUAACCUUGAAACUGACUUCAGCGGAUAUGUCUUAUACCAUUUAUACAAACUGGGAAUACAUCCGUACCACAACUUCGUGGUGUUGCCGUGUGACUUUGUGACGAACUUACCACCCCAGGUGUUCAUCGAGGCAUACCGGAACAAGAGCGACAAGGACGUGGGGUUGUUGGUACAUUAUAGAAACACCUUGGACAUAGAGGACAAAAAGACCAAGAUCUUCCCCACCAACUACACGUUCUACGGCGAGCUGAAGGACGACGAUCUGACCAAGCUCUUGGACAUAUACUCGGCCGAGGACGUCGAGUUUCACAAGACGUUGAAGAUCAGAACCCAGAUGACUUGGCGGUACCCCAAUACCAUAAUCAGCAAGAAGCUUUUAAAUAGUGGGAUUUUUUUUGGGUCAGGUGACAUCUUCACUAUCUUCGCCGCCAACCCCAACCGAUACACAGAGGCGUACUUUUUGUGCCGGCCUCUCACCAAGAUCAUCAGAGACUUGGCCAGAAGAUCCUGGAGACAUUCGAAACUUCAGGAAACCAUUGCAUUUUUGAUCAUUCCGGACAUCGCGACGUUCUAUCGUAUCAACAAUACGCCGGUGUUGAUGGAGGCCAACCGAAGCGUUCUACAACAGCAGGCAAUCCAGAAAUCCCAACUGGGAGUUCUACCAGCUGCUCGAGAGAAGAACGCUGCCAACGUUGGAAUCGACUCUCUUAUUGGUGACAACUCCGUGUUGGGAGAAAGAACCAACGUCAAGAUGACCGUCAUCGGCAAGAACUGUAAGAUUGGCAAGCGAGUGAGGUUAACCGGAAGCUUGGUUAUGGAUAACGUGGUUAUCGAUGAUGAUGUGCUGUUGGAGAAUUGUAUAGUAGGAUCUGACGUGAUCAUUCACUCCAAGCUGAAGUUGACCAACUGUAACGUUGAGGCCAUGCAUGAGGUUGUCAAUGGGAGCCACUUCAAGGGAGAGACCUUGUUGAGUCUUUCGUUGGAAGGAAUUGUUGAAAAUGGAAUGGAAACAGCCACUUCAGAGGAAGACUCGUCAGGCUCUGACGAUGAAUCGGACGACUACGAUGAUGAUGUGGAGUAUGACGACAAUGCUGACGGAUUGUUUGACUACUAGGGGUGUAGACUAUUAGAAAUAUAUUAAUGCUAAAUAUAGGCUCGUUCUCAGAUGGGAACAAAUGUAAUGGUCGUUACAGUCGUGAAUGGGGUAUCACUAGUGGGAACCUCUGGUUGAUGCCUUCAAGGCACUGAGCUCGGCAAGGACCUUCUGGCUACGUCUUCUUGUCCCUCUUCCGUCUCUGCUCUCCCUUGUCAUGACUCUUCCUCUUUCUUGCCUCAGCAUCUUCCUCCUUCACCUCUUCUGCUCUCUUCCUGUUGACCUCCUUCUCUUUCUUAAGCUGUUUCCAGUUACUUCGCUGUCUCGGAGAGUGUAUUACUGACAAUGGAGCAUAACUGGGCCUAAACUGGUAUGGGGCCACAAGGUCAGGGGACAUGGAAAACACAUGAUCCUUGGGGAUUUCAGGGGGCAGUACGGCAGUAACAGAGGCUGCGACCUCGGGCUCGGGCUCAUCGUCGUCCGACUGUCUGCAUUUGUGGAUGUUGGCGAUUUCAGCCUUUUUCAUGAGUGCCCAGUUCUCGAUAUCACCAUGGUCACUAAGAACGGUGAGAACGUCGUUCAAACACGAAAGGUACCCGUUGUAGUGGUUUAAGCUGUUGGAAGUCUUACUGAGCCGAUACAAGGAUGCCACCGACUUUGCGGCCUUGGCAAACUCGGUGUUUUGUGAGGUGGAUGAGGUGGUUGGGGGUGUUGUAGCAUCUUUUAGUUUUGUGUUGUACAACGAGGUGAUCAGAUUGGCGGCGUUUUUGAACUCGAUAGCGAGCUCAGUGUUUAUGCCGUCCACAGACUCCUGGUCUACGGGCCGUGUGGCAGGAAGGUUGGAAAGUAGAUUCGAUAGAUCCAUCCCUGUGAGUUUUAGUUUUAU